CCAGAGCAGCUCCGAGUGCCCUGCAGCUCUGCUCUUGGAUUGUUCCAAGCCUCAUUCCCUCCACAUUCCUGACUCCUGUGUGGCUAUGGGCCAAGCAGUCUUUCCUUGAGCCUCUGACAUCCGAUUCUGUGUCAUGGGGUUAUCAGCCCUGCCUUCUUGGUCCUGGGCUGGGAGUGGAGGCUCCAUCCUGGCCUGGAUGGGGUGGCAAAGAGGUAGGUGCCCCCAUCCCUCACCCCUGCCUCUGCCACCAGUGUUGGGACUCUUCUGCCUGGUGUGGGCCUGGGCCUGGGGGGAACUGAUGGAGAGGCUAGAGGGGGCGUCCUGCAGGGAGAGGCCUCAAGGAAGGCAAGGCCAGCACCCACCCUCAAAGGGCCUCUGUCCUACCCAGGAGGCUCCAUCCUUCCAGCAAGGUCAGCCAAUAACUGUGGGGAUGGAGUGGAGCCGUGAGUGGGGGCAGAGGCCUAGACUCCCACCCCACAGGGCGGUCCCGGGCAAGGGCUCUCCAUCUGCAAAGUGCAGCUCUGGCCCCUGCUCUAGGCUGCUAUGGCUCUGGGAAGCCCUCCUCCUGCCCCUUCUGGGCCGCUUUCUCUGGGGUCCCCCUUGCCAUGUGCUAUGUGCCCAGGCCGUUUCUCAGGGCUGCCCGCUGUGCCCUACUGUGACCUCAGCCACUAGAACAAACCCGAGAGACCUGGAGGGAGCUCACCAGACAGGUCAGGGGUGAUGAUGUUCAAGCGCAUGAAGACAGUCCUAUGGACUUCCUGGAGGAGAGAGAGAGAGCAGUAUGUGGCACCUUUGGGAGGCGGCUUCCAGGUUUACUCCCUGGCUCCGUGACCCCAG